CUGCAUGGAGAGCAGGAUGAGACUAAGUACAACGUGAAGUUCCACCACUUUGGAGUUCUUCUGAUACAAACUUCUAGAACUCAUCAAAGUGGGACCCCAGGUCAAUGGAAAGGCACCAAAGAUGCGGCAAUUUUUGAAUUCAUGCCGGGAGCAUACACUACGUACACGAAUGUCAAGAAAGCUUUGCUUAACAACGAUGCAUCGGUGUACUGGGAUGCAUUUCAUAUAGACGCGUUAGAAAAAAGCAACAAAAAAUCGCGAUCAGAGAUGGCUGAAGCGUGCCUUAUGAAAUGGGAUCUGCUGGCUAAGAUCGGCUUGGCCAAUGAACUUAUCAAUCCUGAGAAGGAUCGAAGAAGCUACAAGACAUCGGCUUCAAAGGCUUCAACAGUCCCACUGAGGAGCUUGAUUUGUAUAUUAACGAAAUUAAUUGAUAUGUUAAAUGUUGACCAGUAG